GUAACCCCUUCACCUCUCCAUUAAUCACACCCUCAACUCUCACCUGUCUCCCUUACAAGCUACAAGCAAUCCUCCUCACUCCCUUCACUUGCUCCCUACUCUCUCUGCUCUUGCAGAUCCUCAACAAUGGCACUAGCAAAUCCCAUUUUUCUAUUUCCAUACAUGACAACUUUCUUCUUAAUAUCUCUUCAUUUCUCUCUUCUCCAAGCUUCUUCCAACCCAGAUUCAGAACCUCUUCUGCAAUUCAAAACCUUGUCAGACACAGAUAACAAGCUCCAAGACUGGAACUCCAGCACCAACCCAUGUACCUGGAUGGGCAUUGCUUGUCUCAACGACCGAGUAUCUCGUCUUGUCCUCGAAAACCUUAACCUUCAAGGCAGCUCUUUGCAGCCCUUAACCUCUCUCACUCAGCUUCGAGUCUUAAGCCUCAAAAGAAACAAUCUUUCAGGUCCCAUACCUCAAAACAUCUCUAACCUCAGUGCGUUAAAGCUUCUCUUUUUAUCUCACAAUCACUUCUCUGGUACCUUCCCUGUUUCUGUCCUCCCUCUUUCUAGACUCUACCGUUUGGAUCUGUCUCACAACAACUUCUCCAGUAACAUUCCGGUGAUUGUCAACCGUUUGACUCAUCUGUUGACUUUAAGGCUUGAAGAGAAUCAGUUUACCGGGUCCAUUUCUAGCUUGAAUUUACCAAGCUUGCAAGACUUUAACGUUUCUAAUAACCGGGUAUCCGGUGAAAUACCCAAAUCUUUAUCGGGUUUCCCUGAAUCCGCUUUCGCUCAAAGCCUCCCUGCUGGUCUUUGUGGAUCCCCGUUACAGGCUUGUAAAAGUUUAGCUUCCGACCCGACAAGACCCGGAUCCGAUGGGGCUAUAGCGUCUCCAUUGUUGCCUGGAACUAACCCAACAAGCAUAGUUUCUUCAACACCAAGCUCAGUAGUAGCACCAAACAAACCAAUAAACACUAACCACAAAAUCAGCAAAACAUCAACCAAAAUAAGCCCAUUAGCCCUAAUAGCCAUUAUAUUAGGGGAUAUUUUAAUUCUUGCCGUGGUUUCUCUCCUUCUCUACUGUUACUUCUGGCGCAACUACGCAGCCAAAAUGCGAAAUGGGAAGGGCUCAAAGCUGUUAGAAACCGAGAAGAUUGUUUACUCUUCGAGCCCUUACCCGAACCAGCCGGGCUUUGAGAGGGGAAGGAUGGUGUUCUUUGAAGGGGUGGAAAGGUUUGAGCUUGAAGAUUUACUUAGAGCUUCAGCAGAGAUGUUAGGGAAAGGCGGGUUUGGAACCGCAUACAAAGCAGUCCUUGAUGAUGGGAAUGUGGUGGCAGUGAAAAGGCUUAAGGAUGCUAAUGUUGGAGGGAAAAGAGAGUUGGAGCAACAUAUGGAGGUUUUAGGGAGAUUAAGACAUCCUAAUUUGGUUAGUUUUAAGUCUUAUUACUUCGCUAGAGAAGAGAAGUUGCUGGUCUAUGAUUACAUGCCAAAUGGGAGCUUGUUUUGGCUUCUUCAUGGUAACAGAGGACCAGGAAGAACCCCACUGGACUGGACUACUAGGCUAAAAAUAGCAGCUGGAGCAGCCCGUGGGUUAGCAUUUAUGCACAACUCAUGCAAAGCUCUUAAACUCGUCCAUGGUAACAUCAAAUCCACAAACAUCCUUUUAGACAAGGCAGGCAAUGCCCGUGUCUCAGAUUUUGGGCUCACUCUCUUUGCAUCUUCUACUAAUUCUGCCCCAAGAUCCAAUGGCUACCGCGCUCCCGAAGCAACAUCUGACGGUCGAAAACAGACCCAAAAAUCUGACGUGUACUCCUUUGGGGUUUUGCUAUUGGAGAUUUUAACAGGGAAAUGCCCUUCUAUAGUGGAUUGUGGUGCUGGGCCUGGAAAUGGGUAUGGUGGGCCUGUGGACUUGCCAAGGUGGGUCCAAUCUGUGGUGAGGGAGGAGUGGACGGCUGAGGUGUUUGAUUUGGAGCUGAUGAGGUAUAAGGAUAUUGAGGAGGAGAUGGUGGGCCUACUUCAAAUUGCAUUGGCUUGUACAACUCCAUCUCCUGAUCAUCGGCCUAGGAUGGGCCACGUGGUUAGGAUGAUUGAGGAGAUACGCGGGGUCGAAAUGUCUCCAUGUCACGACACCUUUGACUCUGUUUCUGAUUCUCCUUGCUUGUCCGAAGAGACUAGUGGAGCUGGCCAGUGAUUGAACAAUUUGUCGCAGAAGGAGAAGGGCAGUUUAUUCAGUUAUAAACUAAGAGUACUGGGGUUUGAUGUAAAUCAUGGAGGGUUUAAUUUUCCUGCAUUAUUGAGUUUUGCCUUGUUAUGUUUUUUUGUUAGAUUCAAUGAAUCGGAGGAUAUGUUUCUCUUUUGGCCGUUUAUGCUAAAAGAUCGGCAAAGAGUUGAUGAAAUUUGUUCUACCAAUGAUGUUCUCGUAAUCAUGAAAUUGAUCACUUAGACAGGGAUGGCCAAUCCCCCUACAUUUCUUUUAUCACUAGUGGCCUCUUAUCUUGAGGCGAUUGCCAUGUUCAUCUGCAUAAAAUAUUCAUGAAUGGGAGUAUUUAAUUGUUAUA